GGCUACGAUAAAUCAUAGAAAUAGAUUUACAUUAUAUCUUCAUGUGAACGAAUGCUGCCCAUGAGCACUGCUCGCAAGCAUCAGACAACUUGAUUUAGGAAGCUACAGUGAUAAACCUAAGCUGGGAAUUUCAUAAUAUCUGAUCAACACGAGGAAGCAAAUUAACCUAAACAUACCCGCGAAAAGAAUUCGCCAAACUUACAUCUCAAGCACCCAAGAGAUAAAGACAAAUCAAGAAUGAUGGACUGUCAGAAGUGUGUUGCGAGUGCAUGGAAAAAAAAGAAUCCAGUCCAUCUUUUCCUUGUGCGCUGUGCAGCAGAGUUCCUCGAAGCUGCUCCGUGUUUUGGCCCCGAUCCGUAUACUUCAAGUUAAGCUGUAGUUUCCAUGGCUGACCAUGGUUUGGUGCUGUUGGCUCUCUCUGUCUGCUCAACCCAGGCUGUGCGGAGCUCCCUGCGGGAUCAGAGCGCUCCCCCGCCGGGACCCUACUCUCACAUCCUCCUGCUGGGACACGGCUACAUUUCCAGCCAAGCCUGGCUUUAUUAUGUGUGUCUGCGCCGCAGCCCCGCCAGCAGUCGGAUCGAGAGGCGGAGGGAAGACCAGAGUCAGGACAAAGAAAAAGGGAGAGAGAGGCUAGCGACCGCAAACAUUUACGCGUUUUAUUACUUAUUGAAAGGGGGAUACGUACAAAUAUAGAAUCCCCCAGGGGUUAAAAAUGCAAGGUAAAACAGCACCGAGAGUGCCACCUUCUGAAAAAUAACCGACGCGGGAGGGCGGUUCGGUUUUGGUCGCCUUGGAUCAAGGCGAAAACAUACUUUAUUCCGGUAACUGUACAAAAAAGAACCUCGAGAGAAGACAACGUGGGAAAAGAAGAUUUUUCAUCAGGUUUCUCCGAAAGAAUCGUUUAAUUGUUUAAUUAAGGUAAUCCCAUUAUUUGGGACGAGCAGGCACCUCUCGGCGUCCGAUCAGGUGUUAGAGUAUUCUGUAGCAGCAGCCGCGUCUGGAAACUCCGACCGGUGCACUGCUGACGGUGUUCCGUGCAAGCCAGCGUCUUUCUCGGCGAGGGACAAAAGACUGUCUCGCUACAGUCACAAACCACAAGUUCUUCAUUAAAAUCUACAGGUUCCAGCCGCUGCGUAAGUUACAUUGCUGGAAUAUCCGGAUGCUGCGUCUCUCCGUUGCCCUCGUCAGACCUCUUCCUCCAAGUGCCACAGGACUAUAACAAGGACUGAAGUUGCCGCAUUGCAACAGGCAAAGUGGAAAAAAGACGAGCGAACUAUCAUUUCACAUCGUAUGAUUAUUUACCAUUAAAGGACAAGAGACCGAUAAAAGAAGAUUCAAUUGACCAAACUGCUGGAGAUGUCCAGACGAAAGCAGGCCAAACCGCGCUCGGUGAAAGCGGUAGAGGAGGGUGAAACGUCGGCAGAGUUUGCGGGUAACUGGGACGACUCCUCCUCAGUCCAGACAGAUGUCCCGGGUCAGGACAAAGAGGCGGGGGACGGGAGCGUGAGCGGCAAAGAGAAGGAGAAGGAGAGUGGCGCUCGUGGUGGCGGUGGCGGUGCCGGUUCUGGCUCGGGUGCUGGCGGGGCGCUAGAGGACGAGGGCGAGCAGAGCGUGACGAGCCACGAGGAGCGCCUCGGUGACGAAGACCUGGACGACGAGUCACUCUUCACCUGCGACAACUGCCAGCAGGACUUUGAGUGCCUGGCCGACUUGACCGAGCAUCGCACCAACCACUGCCCCGCAGAUGGCGACGAUGACCCAGCUGGCCUCUCGUGGGUGCCCUCGUCCCCCUCCAGCAAAGACGUGGCGUCGCCGCCGCAGCUGCUGGGCGACGGCUGCUGCGACCUGGGCAUGGGCACGGGCGGCGAGGAGGAGGGCGGCUCGGGCCUCCCGUACCCGUGCCAGUUCUGCGACAAGUCCUUCAGCCGCCUGUCCUACCUGAAGCGGCACGAGCAGAUCCACAGCGACAAGCUGCCCUUCAAGUGCACCUUCUGCAGCCGCCUGUUCAAGCACAAGCGCAGCCGCGACCGGCACGUCAAGCUGCACACCGGCGACAAGAAGUACAGCUGCCAGGAGUGCGAGGCGGCCUUCUCGCGCUCCGACCACCUCAAGAUCCACCUGAAGACCCACAGCUCCAGCAAGCCCUUCAAGUGCAGCGUCUGCAAGCGCGGCUUCUCCUCCACCUCCUCGCUGCAGAGCCACAUGCAGGCGCACCGCAAGAACAAGGAGCACAAGGACCUGAAGGAGAGCGGCGGCAGGAAGUCUGGCAGCGGCGCCGGCUCCGGAGGAUCGGCCGGCUCGGGGGCCUCGGACGCGGGCGGCGUGGACGGAGACCUCCACGACCUCCUCCCGGACCAGGACUUGUACAUGUGCGACUACUGCGAGGAGACCUUCAGCCAGACGGACGAGCUGGAGAAGCACGUGCUGACGCGGCACCCGCAGCUGUCCGACCGCGCCGAGCUGCAGUGCAUCCACUGCCCGGAGAUCUUCGGCGACGAGGGCGCGCUGCUGUCGCACAUCGACCGCGCGCACGCCAACCGCAAGCACAAGUGCCCCGUGUGCGCCGAGCAGUUCCCCUCCGUGGAGGACGUCUACUGCCACCUGGACAGCCACCGGCAGCCCGACUCCAGCAACCACAGCGCCAGCCCCGACCCCAUGCUGGGCAGCGUGGCCUCCAUGAGCAGCGCCACGCCCGACUCCAGCGCCUCUCUGGAGCGCGGCUCCACCCCGGACUCCACCAUCAAGGCCAUGCCCGGGAGACGCAAGCUGGCUCCUAACUCCUCCUCCGACCCGGACGACGGGGCUGUCGUUGGAUGGGCUGCCAGCGCCGCGGCUGGCAAGGUGACCUACAGCUGCCCCUACUGCUCCAAGAGGGACUUCCACAGUCUGGCCGUGCUGGAGAUCCACCUCAAGACCAUCCAUGCAGACAAGCCUCAGCAGAGCCACACGUGCCAGCUGUGUCUGGACACGCUGCCUACGCUCUAUAAUCUCAACGAGCACGUGCGCAAAGCCCACCGAGGCAGCGGUGGCGGUAUUGCGGCGGCGGCUGCAGCAGCGGCAGCAGCUUCUGCCCUGCCCAUGCUGCAGUUCAGCAACGUCUCGGCGUUCCACUGCAACUACUGCCCGGACAUGUUCGCCGAUAUCAACUCGCUGCAGGAGCACAUCCGGGUGACCCACUGCCUGCCUGGAGGAGGAGGUGUGCUGGCUGGCUCGACCACGCUGGAGGGCAACCACGCCUUCUUCUGCAACCAGUGCUCCAUGGGCUUCCUGACCGAGUCCUCCCUGACCGAACACAUCCAGCAGACACACUGCACCAACGCAGGCGGCAACGGAGGAGGAGGAGGUGGUGAACGAGGUGCUGGAGGAGGAGGAGGUGCCGUGGCCAAGAUGGAGUCACCGGUGCUGCAGCCGUCUCAGUCCUUCAUGGAGGUGUACUCGUGCCCCUACUGCACCAACUCGCCCAUCUUCGGCUCCCUGCUCAAGCUGACCAAGCACAUCAAGGAGAACCACAAGAACAUCCCGCUGGCCAACAACAAGCGCAAGGCGGUCAUCAAGGUGGCCGACCUUAGCCCGGCUUCGUCUGACGUGGAGAUCUCCUCACCCAAGCGCCACCGAGGGGGCACGGGGGGCGACGUCACGCCGGCAGGCGGAGCCAACGGCGACUUCCCCUGCAACCAGUGUGACUUGCGCUUCAACAACUUCGAGGGCUUCCAGGCCCACCUGAAGUCGCACCUGGAGCUGCUGCUGCGCCGCCAGUCCUGCCCGCAGUGCAGCAAGGAGGACUUCGAGUCCCAGGACGCGCUGCUCCAGCACCUGACGGUGCACUACACCACCACCUCCACGCAGUACGUGUGCGAGAGCUGCGACAAGCAGUUCUCCUCGGUGGACGACCUGCAGAAGCACCUGCUGGACAUGCACACCUUUGUGCUGUACCACUGCACCCUCUGCCAGGAGGUCUUCGACUCCAAGGUGUCCAUCCAGGUGCACCUGGCCGUCAAGCACAGCAACGAGAAGAAGAUGUUCCGCUGCACGGCCUGUGCCUGGGACUUCCGCAAGGAGACCGACCUGCAGAUGCACGUCAAGCACAGCCACCUGGGCCAGCAGGUGGUGGGGGCCGGCGGCGGGAUGAUGGUUGGGGGCGGCGCCAAGGCCCGCAAGUGCAUCUUCUGCGGCGAGACCUUCUGCACCGAGGUGGAGUUGCAGUGCCACAUCACCACGCACAGCAAGAAGUUCAACUGCCGCUUCUGCGGGAAGGCAUUCCAAACCGUGGUGCUGCUCGAUAGGCACCUGCGUGAGAAGCACUGUGUCUACGAGCACGGCGGAGGCAGCCACGGAAAUGGCAGCGGAAGCAGCCAGAACGGCACGCCCAACGGUGUUGCCCAGACCUCGAAAAGAGGAGGAGGUGGCGGUAGAGGAGGAGAUGGAGGUGCUAAUGUGGUCAGCAAUCAGAGCGGGGCAAGCGUGGCUGCGGAACAGGCGGACCUGCAGAAUAUGCUGCUGAAGAACGCGGUAGCUGCUGCUGCCGCCGCCGUCGGAGCGGGAGGACAAGUGCAAGACGCCGCUAACAGUCACGAGGCGAGCGGCGGCGAGGACGAGCUGGACGCCUCGGAGCCCAUGUACGCCUGCGACAUCUGCGGCGCGGCCUACACCAUGGAGACGCUGCUGCAGAACCACCGGCUGCGCGACCACAACAUCCGGCCCGGUGAGGACGACGCCGGCUCGCGCAAGAAGAAGGCCGACUUCAUCAAGGGCAGCCACAAGUGCAACGUGUGCUCGCGCACCUUCUUCUCGGAGAGCGGCCUGCGCGAGCACGCCCAGACGCACCGCGGGCCCGCCAAGCACUACAUGUGCCCCAUCUGCGGCGAGCGCUUCCCCUCGCUGCUCACCCUGACGGAGCACAAGGUCACGCACAGCAAGAGCCUGGACACGGGCACCUGCCGCAUCUGCAAGAUGCCCCUGCAGAGCGAGGAGGAGUUCAUCGAGCACUGCCAGAUGCACCCGGACCUGCGCAACUCGCUCACGGGCUUCCGCUGCGUGGUCUGCAUGCAGACGGUCACCUCCACGCUGGAGCUGAAGAUCCACGGCACCUUCCACAUGCAGAAGCUCUCCACGUCCUCCGGGAACGGCAGCUCCACGGGCACCGGCGGCGGAAUGCUCAACUCCACAGCAGCCGGCGGAGGCGGUGGAGGAUCGGCCUCGUCGUCUCCCAACGGGCACCUGGGCGGGCACAAGCUCUACAAGUGCGCCCUCUGCCUGAAGGAGUUCAAGAACAAGCAGGACCUGGUCAAGCUGGACGUUAACGGGCUGCCCUUCGGACUGUGCGCCGCCUGCAUGACCCGUGGCACCAACGGCCAGUCUCCCAGCAGCCUGGUGGGCACGGCGCUGGUGGCAGGAGGAGGAGUAGGAGGUGGUGGUGGUGGAGUUGGCGGUGGCUGCGGCGGCAGCACUACGCCGCUUGAGGCCGGAGAUAAGGCGCCCGUGGUGGGCCUGCGGUGCCCGGAGUGCGCGGUGAAGUUCGAGUGCGUGGAGGACUUGGAGACCCACAUGCAGGUGGACCACCACACCAAGAUGAGCCCUGACGGCAGCAAGAAGCUCACCGACGCCUCGCCCAUCCCAAAAAAAAAGACGUACCAGUGCAUCAAAUGCCAGAUGACCUUCGAGACGGAGCGAGAGAUCCAGAUUCACGUUGCCAACCACAUGAUUGAGGAGGGCAUCAACCACGAGUGCAAGCUGUGCAACCAGAUGUUUGACUCGCCCGCCAAGCUCCUGUGCCACCUCAUCGAACACAGCUUCGAGGGCAUGGGUGGCACCUUCAAGUGCCCCGUCUGCUUUACAGUGUUCGUACAAGCCAAUAAGCUGCAGCAGCACAUCUUUGCCGUGCACGGGCAGGAGGACAAGAUCUACGACUGCUCCCAGUGUCCGCAGAAGUUCUUCUUCCAGACAGAACUCCAGAACCACACACUGAGCCAGCACGCGCAGUGAGCCCGGGGCCCGGCAGGACAUCCAGCUCAGCCCGGAUCCCCGACCCACGCCCGGCGGGGGAGGACCAUUUCAACAUCACAGCCAAUCAAAGUGUCAUUUGCUACUCACAUGUAAAACUCUAACGAUUCCACCACCAGGCGCAGCUAUUACGAGCAGUAGGGAAUGAAUAUUAAUGGGAUGUGCUAUUAAAGAGAAAAAUGGAGGGAGACAGAGAGACGGCGAGAGAGAGAGAGGGAGAGAAAGAGAGAAAAAGAGAGGCAGAGAGAGAGGGAAGAGGGAAUAAAGAAGUUGGAGUGAGAGAAAAAGGUAUUCUACGUGCAGUAUUUUUUAUCGUCCCUGCUUCCCACUGGUGAAGGGUUUCUUUUUUCUUCUUUUUCCUAUUUUUUUGGAACAAAAGAAAAAAUGAAGGAAAAAAAACCUGACUGAUUUUAGUCUCUAGAAAAUGUUUUACUUCUCUUGUCCUCUGUUGCUUCCCGUAUCCAACUUUAGAGCAUCUUUUCCUUCCGCGUUUGAUUUCCGUCCCUUUUAUGUUCAUUUUGUUCAUUAUUUGUUUUCUUCUCACUCUCUCUCUCUCCUGUCUUUUUUGUACCUUUAAUUUCUUGCAAAUUGGUACUUGUGCUGUGUUGUGAUUGCUUGCCAGUCGUAUUUUUUUUUCCUUUUUAUUAUUAUUGUUAAAUAUUUUUUCUUUUUUCUAAUUACAAUUAAAAAGGCAAAAAACAAAUAAAGUAAAAAAAAACACAAAUGUAAUGGUUUUGAUUGGAUUUUUCAGUUUAUGGGCCUUAUGGUUGUUGUAAAAAUGAGUAUCAUCAAUUUCAGUGCAACUGGAUGAUGUCUGCUUUUUAAUGUGAAUUAACCAGAUUGCAAUAACUAGUACCGUUGGAAAAAAAUAAACAAAUAAAUAAAAAACGUGAAUAAAGGGAA